AUGCUAGCAAGUGUUGUCUCUGAUGAGCACAUGAAUUCUAUUGAAGAAAUAGCUAUGUCGGGCAAAUUUUAUCACGGUAAUCCUGAUCGUGACAAUAAUUUUUGGGUAUAUCCACGAGAUCAACAAUUGGAAGUUCCCGAAUGGGAUACUUACAAUGCAGAUGAUUUAUGUAAUAAUUAUACAUUUCUUGGAACAAGUGGAUGA